AUGGCGUCGAAUGAUGUCUCACUUUUCCAGAAUGGUAGUGUUGAGGCAAUUAUAACAUUCAAUCCCAUUUACGACAAAAUAUGCAAAAUCCUUGAGAACAGCCGCGCUGGGAAAACGACUAUUGCUUUAAACUUCCUCUCAACACUUUUGUACGUUAACGAUGAAGAAGGUCAAAGUAGAAAAGGCAACCUGGUAGCCUAUGCAAGGAAUAUGGUCAGAAGUAGCGGUUGUCUAUCAACUAUGUGUGAACUUUUCACCUGUAUGAUGAAUCAGGAUGUAUGGCGUGCACUUUGCCGAUGUCUCGCUGAAUCGUGCCGCGGUAUCCAAGCCAAUCAGAGCUAUUGCGCACACCUCAUUCCAACGUGCGUUCAGAAGUGCCAUCCCCGAACAAUCGAGGUAUUGGUGGUUCUGCAAAGCUUGCUACAGAACCACACCCGCAACAUCAACCUCUUUAUUGAAUGUAACGGAAUGUCCUUAUUCAAAAGGGAACUCCUGCAAUAUGAAAUUAGCCUGCAACUAUUAGCUACAAUAGCGCAGAGUUCCAAUGAAGCAGUUGAACUGAUCGCUAAGACAAAUAUUUCUGAACAUUUACGAGACUUCUUGUUGGUGUAUGGACCGCAAUCACCGUUAGGUCAAUGGGCUACGAUAGUCUUAUACCGUAUAACACCAGUAAAAGCACAACUUAUUGAAGCUCCAGCAAUAGAUGACGAAAAAAAAGAUGAUAUUCAACUCAGUGAAUCCUUGCUCACAAAAUUGCAACCUGGCCAAACAAAACAGAAAGAAUACAGUGCAGAUACCACAGCAUUCUUUAAAACUGUUCUGAAGGAAAUUACAAAUGCUGGUGCUGAGAAAGAAUAUAAUUUAAAAGCUUUCUUUCCAUCCGAAUUUAUGGUGGAUACAAACCAAAGAAAUUCAGUCAAAUGUGACUCUCGAAGUCCAUUAAAAGUUUCGACGAAAAACCUAUUUUGUAGGUGUGCUCAAAGUGCUAAUCAAAUUAGUUUAGGGAAAACUAGACAAACACUAAUCGCAAAUGAUUCACUGCGAAGUAAUAAAACGAAUGAACUCUCUCUUUCCUUUUUACAUGAGACUCAUUUGAAAAACAAGCAUGUUAUAUCUGAUUUCAUCAAACCUGAACAGCGUCGUUCACUCAGUUUUCAAAGACGACUCCAAGCUAGCUGUAGUGGAUUGAAUAAAGAUUCUGUUUAUGAGUCUCUAAACGAAAAUAAAUAUGGUUGUUCAAAGACAUUUUCCACAAAUGAAUUCAAACCAACAUUUACGUCUACUCCUAGGAGACAUGAUGUAGGCAAUCAGUCCAAGUACAUUAGCCAAAGCCCUAAUGAUACCUCCAAAACUAUUGGUAGUAGGUGUACUCAACAAAAUUCAAGAAAGAUUCAGAUGAAGCGACGGCUACCGAGAAUGAGGGUCGCAAAAUAUUCAGACCGAAGCAAAAUUGAUAAAGAAAUUAAACACAAGUCUUUUAGUGGACGUGUCUUUGAUGCUAUUAAUACAACGUGCACAACACUGGUGAAGACAGUCAAAAAUAUAUUUAAUCCUAAGAAUGACUCGCAUCAAAGUGAAGAAACUUCUCUGAGCAACACUGGCAACCGAGACAAUAUUUCUUGUAGCUAUAGUUUUACAAACUACAUGCGUAAAAGAGAUUCAGUUUUGAACAAAACUAAUCAGUCUAACAAUUACUCAGUAGAAAUUCAAUCUAAGGAGAAAGAUGAUGGAAGUAGUGUGGAAGUCACCAAUUCCUGUGAUACGUGCAAUGAUACAAUUGAGCUGAAGCGAAAACUGGCAAAAGACAACCAAUUGAAGCGAACUAUAAGAAAACUUAAAUUGGGAAUUAAUUUAUAUGGUUGCGAUUUUAAGAAAAUAUCUCGUAUAAUGUGGCCUAAAGAAAGUUACAUGACGCCUGCAGUUCUUUACAACCUGUAUCGUAAAUUAAUUACAAAAUAAACUAUGUGCUCGGUGUA